GUCGGAAUUUUUUACCACCUUGCUUGUCUGGGUUUACCGAUCAGUCUAUACUGAGAAUACUGUUUAAGCAAGUUUUUUUAGCGUUUCAGCAAAUAAUGCCAUCCACUGGAUUGAAAUAUUUUUUCAACAGUGUGUACGUUGUACCUACAACAUUGACUACAUAAAUAAGGUAUACUGUAUCUGUAUUGUAUACAGUAUGGUAAGAUAUAGCAGAAUAAUUUCCAGUUGAGGCAAAUGUCCAAUAAUUUUUAACCUACAGUACGAGUGUGCUGUGCAUCUACCGAUGCAAAUUUUUUGGAUUAGUCAUCUGUGCAGCGUAUCCCUUACGAUCGGAUAAUGGUGGAAUAUAGAAAAGCUGUGUUUUUUAAACAUUUGCAUCUCUACUCGCUCUGUACAACGGCCGUAAGGCAGUGUUUGUUAAUUAACUUCUUAAGCUGAAUCACAUUAAUGUUUUUCUGUUAAUGACCAAUGGUGGCUGCGCUGGUUUUUCUCAGCAUACGCGAUAGAACUGACAGCAAAUAAUGAUUUAUGAGUACGUUACUUGCCAGCGUUCCUAGUUCUGACCUGCGCACAGUUUUCAGUGUCACUUAAUACUGAAGUUGUGAUUGGUUGCUUUUCGGCAUUAUGUCAUACAAAUCUUCGAAAACCAAUACGAGACUUAGGAAAGCGAGGAAGUAGGAACCCUUAGACGUCAUACUCUCCAUUUCGCCGGCCGCGGGCAACUGUUGUUUACGUAUCCGUAUUAAGUGUUUGCAAAUGUCUGACACUUGCAAAUAAUAUGCAUCAAUUAUUAGUAUAUAUGUAGCGGAAUCCUGCGAAUAUCAAUCAGUGAAUUCAUUUCGUCAUGGUGCGGCACUUCGAUGAAGUGGCGCAUUAGAUAGUCUGUUUUCGUGUUACUGUCGUAUGUUACUACUUACUAUUAUGAUUUUAUAUGCGAACGAUUUGUUAUCCAAUCACUACUUCUAUAUAUAUGCGUUGGCAAUGAAAAAACGUUAGUGUGAUAUUACGAUUCAUGCUUUGUUAGCAAACAAGGAUGAUGAAGCCUAGCUGAAGGGCCAACAGAAUCUUAUGCAAACGUGAUUGUACAGUUGCAUAUCGCCGUGGAAUAAUAUGUGGUUAUGGUGCAUGAAAAGCAUUGUGCCGGCAAAAGUUGACAGCGACCUGUUGCAUCCUAUAUACAGUGGCCGAUAAAUCUUUUAGUUGUGGUAGACGUAUAACAUUUCUAGUUUAGAACAAAUUUUAUCGACGAAAGAUGUUAUUUAAAAAACCUGAAACAACGAAAGUGGCCAAUGCACCGAAUGUGCAUCGUUGUGGCCUUUUUUGCUGGCAACCGGACUUCCUGCAGAGAUGCAAUAAUAUGACAUUAUUUGUAUUCUGCUACGUGCUGCUGUGCUUAAUCUACGGAAUGGCUGCGUCGUAUACGAGUUCAAUGAUUCCGUCCAUCGAGAAACGUUUCGGUUUUUCGAGUCGAACAGUGGGAAUAAUUAUGGCGAUGAACGAUGUCUCGCAUGUGUCGACGGCAUUGUUAACGGCGCAUUUCGGUGGGCGCGGCCAUCGUCCACGCUGGAUCAUGUGUGGCUGCAUUAUACUGGGCAUCGCACUGCUGCUGCACGCGGCACCGGAAGUCUUGUUUCCUUUCCGAAAUCUGGAUGUUUGGAAGGGGGCUUCUAUGAUGCAGAAUGAAGAGCACUUGUGUGCAGCAAACAGCAGGCAGCGCGCUCUGCGUCUUGGUGGUGACAAUCACACCGCGGCGGUACCGGUUGUUAAUGCUAGCGAGUCGAAUAUUGGACCGGUUGUGGUUCUGGUGGUGGCACAAUUACUGCAAGGAGUUGGUUCCACUGCUCUUAUCAUCCUAGGAUUGCCAUUUAUUGACGACAAUGUACAGAAGAAAAAUACGCCUUUAUAUUUUUCAAUUUCGUUUUCAAGCAGAAUAUUUGGACCUGUACUGGGUUACGCGCUGGGUGGAUUUUGUAAUUCUAUUUUCCUGGACUGGACAAAUCCCGGAUUUAAAUCUACAGAUCCGCGCUGGAUUUCAGCGUGGUAUUUGGGGUAUUUGUUCUUCGGAAUGGGGCUAUGUUUGUUCGCUAUUACUAUCGGGUGUUUUCCGGCAUCGAUUUCUUCUGACUGCUCAAAGUCCGAGGAUGAAUCAACAAAGAAGGAAGCAAAUGCGUCUGCACAAAAAAUACCGGCAUCCGUUUCCACUGCAUCUUGGAAAGAUCUUCCUAGGAAUAUUAAACGCCUGGUCACUAAUGGAGCCUACGUCUGCCGGGCAUGCAGCAGUAUGUUCGAUGGAGUAUUCAUUGCCGGUUACUUCAGUUUUUUACCAAAGUUCCUCGGGCAACAAUUCCAGAUUACGCAGUCGGCUGCAGCUAUUGCUGGUGGUGUUCCUAAUGUGUUAGCCACUGCUACGGGUGUGGUCGUUGGCGGCUUCAUUUUAAGACGAUGGAAACCUCAGCCACGAUAUAUAGGCUUGUUCCUUGCAGCCGGAGGACUCAUAAUGGCCACCACGUUGUAUGGCCUUAUUGGCUUAGAAUGUCCACAAGCGAAGAUUACCGGUAUGCCCACUACGGUCAACGAUUCGUUUUUGAGGUCCGAUGGAAAUGCCACCUGUCAUCAGCCUUGUCAGUGCAAAAACGAUUUCAUUCCUGUAUGUGACGUCUCCAACCAUGAAACGUUUUACUCCCCGUGCCAUGCUGGUUGUACAAAACUAGGAUUAUCUAAAAAUCAGGAGAAGAUUUACGAAAAUUGCAUGUGUGUCCGAACUAAUGGAACCAAAUUGGACGAGAGUUCCGACCAGACACCCGUAGCCAGCGUUGUGAAUGGUCAAUGUCAGAAGCACUGCCAAACUUUGUACUAUUAUGUGGCAAUAUUAACCGCAGCAAUGUUCCUGGGAGGACUGCCUCUUUCCGGUGGAAUUAUGCUACAAUUUCGCAUUGUCGAUAUUGAUUUGAAAAGCAUGGCCAACGGGAUGACCGCACUGUUGAUGGCCGGCUUGGGAUUUCUCCCGGGACCGAUUAUUGCCGGUGCCCUUUUCGAUUCAACGUGCACUUUAUGGCAGAUGCGAGAUAACGGUGAAACUGGCUAUUGCUUACUGUACAAUACAGACGCUAUGCGGUGGAAAUUCCAUCUGUUUUUUGCAUCGGUCAGAGGUAUAGCCGUUUUAAUGGAUUUACUGCUCACCUCCAGAAUCUGGAAACUGAAAUCAGAGCGAGAAACUCCAGCUGGUGUACCUACCUUGUCCGGAGAAGAUAACUGGGCUUUUGAGCCGGAAGUGAGUGAGGCAGUGAAUGAGAACAUUUAUCCGCCACUGAAGAACCUGCAUCUCGACUCAGCUGACCAUGACACAGCCCAUACUCGAGUUUGAUGACUAUGUACAUACAUUUGUAUUUUGUUGAUUUUUAAAGAUUGUUACUUACUUAAAUUCAUCGCCUUUGCAUUUUUGCAUGAUGACAGAAAAUGUAUAGAUUAAUUACGAUUUCAGCUUCCUGCCCACAGUCGGCUAAAAUCCAGACUGACUUCGUACAGAGGUGAUAUUGAUGCAUGGCUUUUAAUUACCAUGACUUAUGUUCCUAAAGACACAAAUUCUUUAAAUGAUUAAAUGAAGCAUGUGAUUAAA